AUGUUUUUCUUUCGACGCUCGCAUGUUAAGUCCGUGCCACGCCCCUCGCGCGCACCUUCCUUUGCGCUGCCCAAGCAGCGUUCCACGGUGCUACUAACGCCUUCGCAUCAGCAUGAUCAGCUGCCGUUUUUAUCCCGCUCACGCUUCAGCGCUUUGCCACAUUUCCGCGUUCACACGGAUGAGCCGCAGAGCCUGUCGCUAUUCAUUGCCAUACUCUAUGUGGUGGACUUGUUUGGCAUUUUUCCAUUUCUAACGCUGCCUUCGCUGCUGGUUAAGCUGGGCUACUUUGGCCUGCUCCUGGUUCUCUCUAUAAUCUUUUUGCAAAUGUAUACAUCCUUUUUGCUGUCGCAGUGCUGGACCAUGGCUGAGCACUUGGAUCCUUCUAUACUACAGAAACGAAAUUAUCCUUAUGCCGCCUUGGCCGAGCUUGCCUUUGGUCCUUAUGUUAGCCUCUUGGUGUCUGUGCUGCUGGACUUGAGCAUCUUUGCCUUGGCUGUGCCCAGCAUUGUUAUGGCUGCCGAGAAUCUUGAGGCUGUUGUGCUGCGCAUGAGCGCUGGCCAUUAUAAUUUUAGCUACUGCUAUUGGGCCAUCAUUGUGGGCCUCAUCAUUUGUCCUCUCAUGUGGCUGGGCAGUCCCAGGCAUAUGCGCGGUCUGGCUAUAAUUGCAGUUUGUGUAAUGAUUAUUAUAGUGGGCCUGCUAUGGUAUUGCCUAUUCGAUGCGCCCGCUCUGGGCACGCCCUUUGAAGGAGUUACGCUAGAACUUCCUGGUUUCCUUACCAUAUUGAGCAGCUAUAGCGUUCUAGCCUUUCAAUUUGAUAUACAUCCUGCGCUGCUUACACUACAAGUGGAUAUGAAACGCAAGUCGCAAGUAUCCUGGGCAGCUCUAAGUGGCAUUGCCAUUACCAGCAGUGUGGCCAUUGUGGGCGCCGUUAUAGCCGCUUAUAAAUUUGGUUCCAUGAUUACGGACAACUUGCUGCAGUCGCUGCCCACCAGUGUCCCAUACUAUGUGAUGCUUAUACUGAUGUCGCUGCAGCUCUGCUUCUCGGUUACUGUCUCCAGCUCGGCCAUGUUUUUGCAAAUUGAGAACUACUUCAAGCUGCCGGAAUCUUUAAGCUGCAAGCGCAUAUUGAUACGCUCGAGUUUGCUCGCGCUAGAGGUGUUGAUGGCAGAGUUUGUGCCCAGCUUUGAUGCACUGAUGGAUGUGGUGGGUGGCACUAUUACUGGUCCAUUGGUGUUUAUUUUGCCACCUCUGCUAUAUCGCCGCAUUAGACGCAUGGAGCGCGUGCAUCAGCGCAUUGCAGCUGAGGCUAGCUACGGCAGUCUGCCGCUGGAUCUCAACUAUGAUCCCAUCGAGCUGGAAAUGGAGCCGCUGCUGGUGGAGAGCAAGUCGCAUACGCCGCGUGGCUGUUGGCUGCGCUUGCUGCGGCAGCUGCAUCGCCUGGAAUGCGAUUUAUCCUGCACCAUGGGUGUGCUGAUCUUUGGCCUCUUGGCCACAUUCUUGGCCACAUACCUAAAUUUGUUUACCAUAGCCGAGUUGUUUAAGAACCACUCGCCUUGUUUGGGCAAUGGCACAACGGCUUAG